AUGUCAACAUCGGCUCAUCUUCAACAUCUUUGGUGGAAUUGUCUUGGUCAUAAACAACUUGAUGUUCUAAUUUAUGAUGGUGUAAAUAUAGCAGAUUCAAUUUAUACAUAUUCAGAUAACAUCGAAAACCCUCCUUAUUUUCCAUUAUUCUUGACCCAGAUAAUAUUAGGAGUAUCAACUUUGGCCUUAUCAUUCUUGUAUGCAUUCCUUCCAGCACUAACACUCCACACAUCUAAAGAUAAUUCAUCAACGAAACAACACAUAAAUGCACAAUCAGCAUCUGCGGACGAUUUCAGAGAUUUCAAUCAUUCACCAGUGGAGAAUGCAUUAGAUCUCAUUGACCUUAAGCAUCAAGGAUAG